AUGGCACGGGUCAAACCGCCCACCGUCGCCGUAUCUCAAGGUGUUCAGUGCCAGCUUCUCAUUCUUCGUCGUCGGGACAAUGACGGUAGUCUGGGACCGGUCAUCCCCUAUCUAAUCCGCACGUACGAGAUCGACACGAACAUGGUAGAGAUCCUCUCCCUGACGCAAUAUCUGGACUUGGGUACCCUUCUCAUCGUCGGCGCCGCUCGCCAGAUCCUGGCGCAUGUCCUGCGGUUUUGGCUGCCGCCGCUGCCGCUCUACGCCGUCACCUUCUUUCUCAUCAGUCUAGGCCAGGCGUACAACGACACGCACGCCAACAACUUCGUGUCCACGCUCCCCGCCGCCCACCGAUCUCUCGGGUUCAUCCAUGCCAUGUACAUGGCGGGGUGUCUCGUGGGACCGUUGAUUGCGACCGCGGUCGCAUCGGCCAACACCCACUCCCAGUGGAACCUCUUCUAUGCUUUUCCCCUGGGCAUCGGAGUGGCCAACCUGGCUCUCGUCGCCAUCGCGUUCCGAGAUCGCUUCGAGUGGAUGGCGCAGGUCCGUCCAGCCGGCCCCUCGACCCACGAGGGACGCGGCAAGGCAGCCUGGGCAGAAAUUCGGGCGACGCUGUCCACUCGGGGGGUCUGGCUGCUCGGUCUAUUUUCCUUCUUCUUUCUAGGAGCAACUAUCACGGCUAGCGGUACAGCGACCGGGGCCAUCCUGUCAUUAUUCACGCUAACGAGGCUCAGGGUGGAUGGUGGAGUAUCUGGUGAUUGUGCGGGAGGGGGACAUGAAGAACAUCGGGGCAUCAACGUGGGAUCCCGGAUCUUCGCGCCUGAGAUCCGAUCCUCGGCCAUCGGUAAGGUCUUCUGA